AGAAUAUCUCUUAAAAUUCUCGUGGCUUUUCCUCCAAUCAAUAAAUUAUAAAAUGCCUAUUGAGAAGAUCAAAGCACGUCAGAUAUUCGACUGCCGAGGUGAGCCCACUCUCGAGGUGGACGUCAUCACUGAUAUAGGGCUCUUAAGGUCAUCUGUCUCUUGCACCCACUCACCAACCCCCAAUGAAGCUGUGGAACUUCGUGACAACGAUGAAUCCAAAUUUAACGGUAGAUCAGUUCUCAGAGCAGUGGAUAAUGUCAAUAAAAUCAUUGGACCUGAACUUGUGAAGAGUCGUUUGGAGGUAUGCCAGCAGAGAGAGAUAGACUCGUUGAUGAAUAGGUUGGACGGUACAAGUGACAAGUCAAAACUCGGUGCCAAUGCAAUUCUGGGUGUUUCAAUGGCCUGCUGCAAGGCAGGUGCCAUAAAGAAGGGUGUACCACUCUACAAAUACAUAUCUCAACUUGCUGAGAGCAAAGAACCCAUUAUUCCUGUCCCUGUUUUCACGAUUAUCAGCGGUGGAAAGUUAUCCGGUAAUCCUCUGCCAUGCCAAGAAUUUGUAAUUAUGCCAACAGGCGCUGUGUCCUUCGCUGAAGCCAUGAAAAUGGGUUACGAUGUUUAUCGAGCGAUUGAAAAACUCAUUGCGGAGUCGCAAGAGUUGAAGCUACCUCUUACUGUUGGGGAUGAGGGGGCUUUCUCCCCGGAAUUUGAGGAGGAUCGUGAGGCCUUGGUCGUGAUAACAGAUGCAAUAAAGGGGUUGGGGUACGAGGGCAGGGUUAAGAUAGCGAUGGACAUGGCUGCGAGCUCUUUCUGCAAAGAUGGCCAGUACGAUCUGGCUUUCAAGACGGACGAAUCAGACCCCGAUGAUUACAUGGAGACCGAAGCCUUGAAAGAUCAAUACUUGGAUCUGUUGAGGGAAUUUCCUCAGAUUGUCUCCCUGGAGGAUCCAUUCGAUCAAGAGGACUGGGAUGGUUGGGGAAUGCUGGCAGACCAGCCGAUUCAACUACUAGCUGACGAUCUAACAGCAAUGAACAUUGAGAGGAUUGAGGAAGCCAUGGAGAAACAGAGUGGAAAUGGCAUUGUGAUCAGACUAUCACAGAUUGGCACGAUAACCGAAGCUAUUGACUGUCAUAAAAUGGCGAGGGCAGGUGGAUGGUCGAGUGUUGUUUCCACCGGUUAUGGAGAGACUGAAGACAAUUUCAUUGCUGAUUUCGCUGUGGGCUUAGCUGCUGGACAGUUCAAGGCUGGGGCGCCUUGUCGAGGAGAACGAGUCUCCAAGUACAAUCAGAUUUUGAGGAUUGAAGAGGAGCUCGGAAAAGACGCUAUUUACGCUGGUGAAAUGUUCAGAAAUCCAUUGCAACUUGCGGAGAAGAAAAAAGAGGGAAAGGACAAGAAAGGGAAGGACAAGAAGAAGAAGAAGUGAGACAAUUUCCGCCCUGUCCAGGAGAACGAGUAUCCCAGUACAAUCAGAUUUGGAGGAUUGAAGAGGAACUUGCAGAGAAGAAUGAGAGAAAGGACAAAAGGAGGAAAAGAAUGAGACAAUUUCCGUGAUAAUCUCACCAUCUCCUGUGCAAUAAAACCCGUGGAAUCUGUCGAAGUAUGUUGUCUGGAAGCGCUCGUGGUUUCCAUAGAGUGACCUCAUCAUUCCAGGCCAGGGUUUUCUGAAGACCAAAUAACCCUCACCCUCUCCCUCAA